AUGUCGGAUCAGAUGCAAAGAAUUACAGCCAACAGGAAGGCACAGGAAGCAUCGCACCCAUCAUUCGCAGAGGACUAUGGGAAAUUCGACAGAAUCCUCCAUUACGAUGACACCAAUACUGUCGAAUUGUUCAAAAAGAAAGUCUUACUUUCUGAUCCACCAUCGCCAGCAAAACCCCCGCAAAUCCAUAUCCUGGGGGUAUUGAGACGACAUUCCGCCAAUACAAUUAAGGAACUCUAUGCAAUUAAAGUGUUUCACCACACCCAUAACCCCCUCUCUCAGGACAAUCUUCCAAGUCGAACUAUCAACCUAUCCCACCCCAACAUUAUCCCAAUCAUCGACAUUCUCUAUAAUAAGCAACGGAAUCUCUGUCUUAUCAUGCCGUACUAUGCUGGUGGCGACCUGCUCUCUUUUCUUUGGCGAUCAUGGAAACCAAAUCAGGAACCGUCCACCGAGGAGUUGGACUGUUUAGCUAUUCAAAUCCUACGGGGGGUGGCUUUCUUACACGAGAACAACAUUGCCCACGGAGACUUAAGACCAGAACACAUACUCCUGACGGCCCGAGGCUCAGCAAAAGUGGGAGGCUUUGGUCAAGAUGAAGAUGCAAUUCGAGAACUAGCCACACUAGCAGAUAGUGGUAAUCUCACAUCCUCUUCGGAACCAAACCCUGAUACACCUCCGGGUUCCGAAUCUAAGCCGAUUCUGUGCAUUCGGAGAACGGUCUCAGAUGCCAGUGUUCCUUAUCUUCCCCCCGAAAGGUUUCCCGGUCAGGGCUCUCGCCCUGAAACCUAUGCACAACAAGAUUGCUGUGGUUUUAGAGCGGGAGAUAUGUGGGCAUGCGGCAUAAUCUGCGUACUACUUCGAUCGGGAGAACUCCCCUGGCCCAGCGCCCAGAGAGUUAAUCCUGAUAAUGAAUCUUAUGCUGUUUACCUCCACUGUCGUCUGAAGAAAGAUGGCUAUGCUCUCAUACAGCCUCUUCAAGAGCAUUACCGAAAUUUGGUUUACGCAAUGUUACAUCCCGAUAUUGAGGCGAGGAUUACUGCAGAAGAGGCAUUGAGAUCUGAGUGGGCCCUUGAGGUGCCAGCCUGUGAGAUCGGGGAGAAAGGGCUGUGA